UCUUCUUCGUUGGUGCACUUUUCUGCAUAGGAAAGUGUCCUCCAUGGUGUCAUUGUAGGUCUGCUGAGGUUGAGUGUUCAGAUAUUAGCAAUGUCUGGCUACACACCAGACGAGAAGCUCCGUUUCGAGCAAAUAGUAAAACUCCGGAGGCAGUGGCUGAAGGACCAGGAGCUUAGUCCGAGGGAGCCCGUGAUACAAGCUAAACCUCCAGGGCCCGUUGCUAAGUUUUGGGCUAGCUUUUUGGAGCCGAAGAGCCUGUGGAGGCUUUACACCUACAAAGCAUACAGAGGUGGAGUGUUCACAUUAACUCGACUGCUGAUACCUGCCUGGAUUGUUCACUACUGUGUGAAAUAUCACGUUGCUCAAAGACCAUAUGGUGUUGUAGAACUGAAACCCAAGUUGUUCCCAGGUGACACCAUUCUGGAGACGGGGGAGGUUGUUCCAGAUCUCCCUGAGACCCAUGGCCAUCACUGAAGUUGAAAUAUUUCAGUCUUUUCUUUGAGUUUCUCUUGUAAAAACUAUGUAUAUUCCAUUAAAAUAUUACAAAGUC